AUGGAAGCUGUCAUUCGAGACGCCCCUUUCGGGCAGCUUGUUCGUCUCCUGACAAAAAACAAAUACUUCCAAUACCCCGAAGAGAAGCCCGACUUCAAGCUCCCCGACGCAUGGCUUCAAUUGUUGAAUGAAUCCAGUACUGCGGAAAACAUCCCCGACGAGAAGAAGAGAGAACCAGAGGAUCGUCAUCUGAGCCAAGAUACCAGUGAACCUCUCAGCCGCACCUCCUCCGUCACCCUUCCGUUCACAGAAGCCCGCCUCGAAGCCGAUGAACAACAUGAAAUCGAAAAGAUCAAGUCAAUCCCGAUUGCCCCAAAAAAGACAAAGGAUGGUGCCAUCCUUGUCGACUGGUACUAUACCGAUGACGCGGAAAAUCCUCACAAUUGGUCGAAUACCAAGCGGGCUCUGAUUACUACCGUCAUUUGUCUAUACACUUUCGUUGUAUACACCACCUCGGCCAUAUAUACAUCCUCGACAGAGGGUAUCAUGAAGGAGUUCGGUGUCAGCACUCUGGUUGCUACACUGGGCUUGUCAUUGUAUGUUCUCGGGUAUGGCGUUGGACCAUUGGUUUUCUCGCCUUUGAGUGAGAUUCCUACCAUUGGCCGCAACCCAGUCUACAUAGUCACAAUGUUCCUCUUCGUCAUCAUCUCCAUCCCAACCGCCUUUGUUGGCAACUUCCCCGGAUUGAUGGUGCUCCGGUUCCUGCAAGGAUUCUUCGGUUCGCCUUGUCUUGCAUCCGGCGGUGCUUCCAUUGGAGAUUUGUAUAGUCUGAUGUCCCUGCCCUAUGCCAUGAUGGCUUGGGUCUCUGCCGCAUACUGUGGACCUGCUCUCGGUCCCCUCCUAUCCGGCUUCGCAGUCCCAGUAAAAGGCUGGCGCUGGUCCCUCUUCGAAUCAAUCUGGGCCUCCGCCCCAAUCCUAAUCCUAAUGUUCGUGUUCCUCCCCGAAACAAGCAGCGCCACAAUCCUUCUCCGCCGAGCAGAGCGCCUCCGCAAGAUCCACAACAACAAGCGCUUCAUGUCCCAGUCCGAAAUCGACCAGCGCAACAUGCGCGUCUCUGACGUCGCCAUCGAUGCCUUGAUCAAGCCCCUGGAAAUUACAAUCAAGGACCCCGCUGUCCUCUUCGUCCAGAUCUACACAGCAAUCAUCUACGGCAUCUAUUACUCCUUCUUCGAGGUCUUCCCCCUCGUCUACCCAGUCGACUAUGGCAUGAACCUGGGUCAGAUUGGCCUAGUCUUCCUUUGUAUCUUGGUCUCAUGUAUCAUCGGAAUCGCCCUGUAUGUCGCCUACAUCUACUACUGGAUGAAUCCUCGCAUUAAGCGCUUGGGCUUCCCUGCCCAAGAGGAACGUCUCAUUCCUGCUCUGCCUGCUUCAUUUGGUCCUACCAUUGGUCUGUUCCUAUUUGCUUGGACUGCUCGUGCGUCUAUUCAUUGGAUUGUGCCUACUAUUGGUAUUACUAUCUAUGGUGCUACGGUGUUCAUUGUCAUGCAGUGUAUCUUCGUGUACAUUCCGCUGAGUUACCCGAAGUAUGCCGCGAGCUUGUUUGCUGCGAAUGAUUUCUUCCGCAGUGCGCUUGCUUGUGGUAGUGUCUUGUUUGCACACCCUCUCUUCGGAAACUUGGGUGUUGCUCGGGGUACCAGUCUCCUUGGUGGACUGAGCGUCAUUGGAAUUAUUGGAAUUUGGCUGCUUUACUUCUAUGGUGCCAGACUUCGUGCCUUGAGCAAGUUUGCUAUCUCGGAGGAAGCUACUGAAUAA